CUCCUUUCCUCAGCGCUUCGCCCCUCACACAACACCCCCGCGAGGUAGGCCUCGCAAUGGAGAAUCCGUUUCCCGCCGACCGCUUUUUCUCCUUUCGGACUCCAACUCCCAUCAGCCCCUGCGGCGACUCCUAUGUCAGGGCAUGACGGGAGCCGUAGUCCAAAGUGCCUGACGGGUCCCCACACGGGCUCCUCGCUCCCGAGGCGAAAGGUGGCGACUGGCCUCGCUGGAGGUGAGGGGAUUUGAACCCGAGGCUCCCACCCGGGCGCCGCGCUCUCCUCAACGAGCCCACUAGGCCGCACGCCCUCCGAAGGGCCCUUCCCGAUUGUUCCUAACUCUAUGGGACGUGAGGGGAGCGUCACUUCCGGGAAGCCGCCGGAAGUCGCUGGACGCUGGACCCGCGCCGCUCGGAAGCGCCUCCGACUUCCUUCCCGCCCCCCCCCCACCCGGUGCGGACGCGAAGGAGACCCGUCCGCGGCCCGUUGCCAUGGUGUUCUACUUCACGUCCAACGGUAGGCGGCGCGGGGGGGGGUUGGGUUGAGGGGGGAGGCGCCGGCCACGCCCACCGCGCCCCUCCCGCUCUCCAUAGGGCCUUGUUUUUUGGGGGGGGGUCCUCGCCUCGGUUUAUUCGCCCUGUAUCUAUUUUAUUAUUAUUAUUAUUAUUAUUUCAUGGGCAUCCCCCGCUUUUCCUCAGAGGAGCUGAAGGGGGGGGGCGAGCAAGGAGGGGGGACCCCCCCCAAGAAGCACACCGUUUCAUCCUCACAACAACCCCGGGAGGUAGUGAGAGGCUGUUGCUGCUGCUGCUUCAUCGCAUCUGCACCUCUCCCUUUCCCUCAGGGGAGCCCAAGGGUCACGCACAUAGUUCUACACACACACACGCCAAUUUCUUUAUUUCUUGUUUUUCAAAAUGCAAAAAGCAGUAUACUGGGGCGGGGGGAGAGAAUGAUGAUGAUGAUGAUGAUGAUGAUGAUAAUAAUAAUAAUUUAUUAUUUAUCCACCCAUCUGGCUGGGUUUCCGCAGCCACUCUGGGCAAGUUCCAUUAAAAUGGAGAGCCAGUGUGAUGCAGUAGUUAAGAGUGAUAGACUCGUAAUCUGGUGAACCAGGUUCAUGUCUCCGCUCCUCCACCUGCAGCUGCUGGGUGACCUUGGGCCAGUCCCGCUUCUCUGAAGUCUCUCAGCCCCUCUCACCUCACAGAGUGUUUGUUGUGGGGGAAUAAGGGAAAGGAGAACGUUAGCCACUUUGAGAUGCCUUUGGGUAGUGAUAAAGCAGGAUAUGAAAUCCAAACGCUCUAUAAAAUAUUAAAAUACAGUUGUACCUCAGGUUAAGUACUUAAUUCGUUCCGGAGGUCUGUUCUUAACCUGAAACUGUUCUUAACCUGAAGCACCCUUUAGCUAAUGGGGCCUGCUGCUGCCGCUGCACCGCUGGAGCACUAUUUCUGUUCUCAUCCUGAAGCAAAGUUCUUAACCCGAGGUAAUAUUUCUGGGUUAGCGGAGUCUGUAACCUGAAGCGUGUGUAGCCUGAGGUACCACUAUACAAUAAUUCACCAAACAUUAAAAGCUUCCCUAAACAGGGCUGCCUUCAGAUGUCUUCUAAAAGUCAGAUAGUUGUAUAUUUCCUUGACAUUCCUUGAUGGGAGGGCGUUCCACAGGGUGGGCGCCACCACUGAGAAGGCCCUCUGCCUGGUUCCCUGUAACCUCACUUCUUGCAGGGAGGGAACUGCCAGAAGGCCCUCAGAGGUGGACCUCAGUGUCCAGGCUGAAUGGUGGAGGUGGAGAUGCUGCUUCAGGUAUACUGGGCCAAGGCUGUUUAGGGCUUUCAAGGUCAGCACCAACACUUUAAAUUGUGCUCGGAAAUGUCCUGUAACCCAAUGUCUUUCAGGACCAGUGUUAUAUGGUCUCUGCGGCUGCUCCCAGUCACCAGUCUUAGCUGCUGCAUUCUGGAUUAAUUGUAGUUUCCGGGUCACCUUCAAAGGUUUUUGUUGUUUAGUCGUUUAGUCGUGUCCAGAGCACACCAGGCCCUCCUGUCUUCCAUUGCCUCCCGCAGUUUGGUUAAACUCAUGCUGGUAGCUUCGAGAACACUGUCCAACCAUCUCAUCCUCCGUCGUCCCCUUCUCCUUGUGCCCUCCAUCUUUCCCAACAUCAGGGUCUUUUCCAGGGAGUCUCAUGAGGUGGCCAAAGUACUGGAGCCUCUGGCGAGACAGUCUGCAGGCAGGUAGGGUCUCAACCUGCGUACCAGAUGGAUCUGGUAGACAGCCACCCUGGACACAGAAUGGACGUGCUCCUCCAUGGACAGCUGUGCGUCCAAAUGACUCCCAGGUUGUGAACCUGGUCCUUCAGGGACACAGUUACCCCAUUCAGAACCAGGGAGUCCCCCUCACCCACCCGCCCCCUGUUCCCCCAAAACAGUACUUCUGUCAUGUCAGGAUUCAUCCUCAAUCCUGAGAACCAGAAUAUACGUUUAAAGACUCUAUGCAUCCCAUGGAGGGUUCAAAUGCAGCUUGUCCAUGGCAUCAUAUCUGCCUUGAUUCGUUUAAAAAAAAGAUUCUGAAGGGAAAUGUUUCGUAGAUUUCAGGCAACCUUAGCUGUGGAGUUUUUCCUUUGGCUGCUUUCAUUGAGAAACAUACUUCAGGGCAAAGGAAGCGCUGACAAAUAUCCUGUCCAUGGCUCAUUGCCGAUUCAAAGUCUUUGGAGCUGAUAUGGACAUUAGAAUCCUGAUCCACUUCCCUGAAUGCUUCAGCUACAGCCCCCUCUGGCAGCUUUGGGGCCACAACAUUGAAGACUUUUUUAAAAAAAUCUUCCAAAGACAAGAAAUCAAAGGUGGCAUAUCUAGUUAUUCCUCACUCUUCCAUUUCAUCCUCACAACAGUCCUGUGCAGUAGGUUGUUAGAUUCUUCUACUCUUUAUCUUUGCCAAAGCUGUGAGACUGAAGAGAGGUCGCCUCUUUGCAUUUUCACAUCUGGGCCACCUGAAAGAACUUCUCGGAGAACUUGUGGUCCUGGAACAGAGCUUCUGAACCUCUGAGCUAGAGCAGGACCUUAUCAUAUUACACAGCGGAUUUUGUUGUGGGUGGGAUGCAAAUAACCUGGGGGGGGGGACACACUGUAUGUCUGUGUGGAGUUUGAUCCGAAACUCUGGCUCAUUUUGUUUCCCUUUUCCAUCCCCUCAGUUGUUCCUGGCGCUGCUUACACAAUUUACAUGGGAAAAGAUAAAUACGAAAGUAAGUACAACACUUUGGCUAUGCCUGUCAAGAUGGAAUCGAUUUUAUGUAUUUUGUGUUUGAACCCAUUUUUAUUUUAAAACAGACCUUCUGAUAAGUUGUGCAUCUUCAGUCAGAACUUAUUGGCUCUUGAUAUAGCAGAAAACAAGCUUUUAUUCUGAUCAGUGGGGAUUCCCCUGCCCAGCAUCGUUUUAGAAAACAAAAACCAUUUUAGGAUUAAAUCCCUGACACUUUAUGAUAGCUUGAUACAAAACAGUGUCCAGGAGUAAAAUUCAUGGGAAACAUAAGUACCUCUAGAGAUGUUGAAGUGAAAGGCAACUGCAUUAACACUAAUUUAAUAUAAAAACAUGCAAAAAAAAAAAAGUCUGCAACAACGUCUAGAGGAGCCAGUGGAUGGGAAUUUGCCUGGUUCCACAUUUUCUCUGGCUUGCAGCCACCUAUGCAUCCCCAAAAUCUGCUCUGCAAGCGCUGGAAGGGAGGGAAACCCAAAAUCUUGUUGCACAAGCAUGCAGACAUCGUUGGUGUUUGUCUCGAGAGACAAUAGUGUGCCUCCAGAGGUGAAGUCAAACUGCUGCCUUAGCAGCACCGAAGUGACCUCCUUAGGGUGCAAACCUGGGCAGUGUGCAUGGAGGUCCUGGACUGCCCAGUUGAGAAGACCACCCCCCCCCCCUUGGCCUCACUGAUGUGGUUCAAAGGAAAGCAGAGCAAGACGUUUGAAACCGGCUUCUGGACCCACUAUUGGGGAUGGAACUAAUAGAGUCAAUUCUUGAGUGCCUCAGACCGCAUUUCAGCAAAAGGCUGAUGGCAUAAACAUGUUUAUGUUAUUUCUGUGUAAAAUAUUCCUCAUUUGAGCCAAAUGCUGAUGUAAAUUAGCAUUUUUUAAAAAGGGCAUUUUCUUGCUUUUAGUGAACUUCCUAACAUAGGACUGUGAGCAAGUGCUUGAUCCGUGAUCUCAGCCCCACUGAGAUUGGGUAGGGGAUUUUAUCUUAAAAUUGGAAUCCAAGGAGGCCGGUCAGGCAAUUCUGAUGUAUAAACUGGCAUUUAGCUAAAUGGUGUGUAUCUGUAUCCAAUUUUUGUCAAGAAGCAACAGCUUUGAAAUACUUUCUCAAAAGCAAGUCAUCUCAUAGAUUCUUUUUUUCUGAUUAGUUUGUAGCCUGAAAGUUGCCUGACUUUCAAAAGAAAGGGGAGUUUCUACUUAAAUUGUCACAGACUUUCCAAUGUUAUAAUAUUGAAAUUGCGGAAGCAAUUUCUUUUUGGUAGGAGUUCAAGAAAUUAAUGAGUAGUUCCUUGAAAUACUUCAGCUGGUUGAUUAUUUUUGCACAUGCAACUGUUAAAAUUACUCUUUGAUGGUCACCCAUGACUUUUCAGAUACCAACAUUAUUUUUAAUCCUAAGGAAAAUGUUUUCCCGAGUUGUUCUGUUGUUUGAGCUUGGUCCCUUUAAAAUAACAUUUGAAAUCUCCUCUGAAUUUAUGUCCUCUCUACCAGUAAAUUGUCCCAAAUUGUGCUAAUCUAAUAAGUCUUUCAUAAGAUUAAGUAGCAAUCAUCUGUCCCUUUUUGUUAAGGGUCACUUAAAUUUAUGCACCGAAAUAUGAGGUCAUUUUCACAGACAUAAAUAUAUUUAGUAAUAUUAAUUACACAGGGCCUUUCCCUACUUACUUAUAUUUGCUGUACAGUGGUGGUUGUUUAGAGCACCUUUAUUGAAAUGAGACAGCUACUUCCAGAUUAUUUCUGAGCUAACCUCCCAAUAUCUCUCUUGAAAUCUGUUUGUGUUUUUAAACUUAAGAAACAUUUAGCAGCACAAUCCUGGCAUGUCUAACCAGAUGAAGCCAAAGUAUAAAAGGUUAGACUUUAUUGUCUCACGAUACUUAAUGUGUGCACAAAGCAUUUCCCUUGCAGAGACAACCAAGGGAAAUGUGUGUGUCUGCAUCACCUUUUUGAACUGCUAGUGUUGCAUUAAUCGUUCAGCAGUGCUACACAUCUGCUCAGAUCCAGUUAGGAACUUCAGCAUUCAAAAUUUGCAGCAUGGUUCAAACUGAAAUAAUGGUUCCUGUCUUGAAAGUUUAGUACUGAAUUCCAUUGUUUCCAGAGAGAUCUUCCUGUUUCACAGUUUGGUUUGUGACCCAGUGGACUCAAGUGAUAAUCCCUGUCCCAAAGGUCCAGUUGUAACCUGACUCUCAGGGAGGACUGAGUGGGAAUUAUUUCUGCUCACUGCUUGGCUUGGCUUUUUUCUUGCAGAUGAAGACCUAAUAAAACAUGGCUGGCCGGAAGAUGUUUGGUAAGUACUGAUCUGAGCCUCUCUUUAUGCCCUGGGGUGCAAGGUUUCAAUAAGGUAGCAAGGACUUCUGAGUAAGAUUAGCAGACAUGAAAUAAGAGAAGAUGUGGAUAAAGAACUGGUUAAGUAGGAAGAAGCAGAGAGUGGGAAUAAAUGGACAGUUUUCCAAGUGGAGGGAUGUAGAAAGUGCCGUCUCCCAAGGAUCUGUAUUGGGACCUUGGCUUUUUAACUUGUUCUUAAAUGGUCCAGACUUAGGGGUGAGCAGUGGGGUGGCUGAGUUUGCUGAAAUUCUUCAGGGUGGCGAAAACAAAAACAGAUUAAGAAGAGCUCCAAAAGGACCCCUCCAAACUGAGCGAAUGUGUGCUAAUGGCAAAUGUAGUUUGGCAGUGACAGUUAUCAUAGCGUCUGAAAAGGUUCAGAAAAGCGCAACCUCCCCCGUGAGGAAAGGUUAUAGUGUUUGGGACUUCUUAGUUUAGAGAAAAGGCAAGCAAGAGGUGACAUAAAAUUUAAAAUUUUUUUGCAUAGUGUGCAAACCGAAUGGAGAAUUUUUUUUCUCAUAACGUUAGAGCUGGUUGACAUCAAAUGAAAAUGAAUGUUCCAGAAAAGAUAAAGUCCUUCUUUGUGCAGCACAGAGAUGGACCAUGGACCUUGCUCCUGCAUGAGGCAGUGAUGGCCGCCAACUUGGGUGGCUUAAAAAGGAUUAGACACAUUCAUGGAGCAUAAGGCCAUGGGUCGGCAAACUAAAGCCUGCGGGCUGGAUCAGGCCCAAUUGCCUUCUGGAUCCAGCCCGUGGAUGGUCCGGGAAUCGUCGCGUGGAUUGCCAGCGCACACGUUCUUUCCCUCUUCCUCCCUCUCUCUCACACGGCGCCGGUGCCUCCUCCCUCCCUCCUUCUGGCUUCUCCCUGCCCUGCCUAGAGGAGGAAGGGGGCUGAGCUUUGUUGGUGUCAGCAGCAGCAGCAGCAGCAGCAGCGCUCGAGUGGCUGCCACUUUAAGCAGCCCCUCUCCGGAGUCCAUUUGUGCGCCGCUCAUCGUCCCUCCGCCGCCAGCCCCUGCCGCUUGCCACCGGGGCUCGUGGUGCUCUUGCAUCUUUUCCCCCCUUCAAAAUAUAGUCCGGCCCCCCACGAGGUCUGAGGGACAGUGGACUGGCCCCCUGCUGAAAAAGUUUGCUGACCCCUGCAUAAGGCUAUCAGUGACUAUUAGCCAGGAGGGCUCUGCUCUCCCCCCACAGUCAGGGACAGCAAUGCUUCAGAAACCAGUUGCUGGAAUCCACAGGAGGGGAGAGUGAUGGUGCUCUUGUGUUCGAAUCCUGGUUGCAGUUUUACCAUGGGGCAUCUGUGAGAACAGGAGGCUGGACUAGAUAGGCCUUUGGCCUGAUCCAGCAGAUGCUCUUCUUUUGUACUCGUUGUGGUAAUUUGUGAAAUGAACCGCGCUCCUUAGUAAAGCUGACAGCAAAAUCACAUUUUAGAGCCCUUUCUGCGCUGCCUUGUAUAAGACUGGAGGUGGGAUCCUAGUUUUAAAUUUCACUCUAAAUGCAAAGAAAAGCCCCCUGUGCUUAUCAUGCCCCCUCCCCCAGUGUAUCAGGGGCCAGAACCUUGAUUUGAUAGUUUCCCACAAAACAGGUGUGAGUUCUUAGUGUGUGUGUGUGUGUGUGUGUGUGUAUAUGCAGCAGCAUUCAAUGAUUCAAGAUUGUCUUGUUCUGUCCCCCCCACCUUCCCAAAAAGGUUCCAGUGAUAAUUUCCCAACAUCCAGUUGCGAUGUUUGUUGUCCUGCCAAGUGUUUUGUACUACUGGAGUAUCCUUCCUUAUAUUUCCCCUCUCAUCUGAGUCCAGCUGGCUCCGGGCCUUUCCAUGUCUACUUUGCUAUCUUUUUGGCAAUUUCAUUUCUGUAAUCCCUUGUUAGCUUUGUAAUUUUUAUCUACUGUCUCUUAUUACAUUUGCGAAUGCUGGUGUUUUAUUCAGUUAGACUUUAACUAAUCUAUAACUCCACGGUCCCCUGGGAUCUGUUUUGACAAAGGCAGUACAGAAAUGUUGUAAAUUUAUGAUCUCGUGAGAAGCCACAAAGAAGUGUUGUAAAGGACUGGAUGUUGAAUGAUCAGGUUCCUGGCAGACAAAAGCACUUCUGCCUUGGCACAGAAAGUGGUGCCUAGGUUACACCCAAAGGCAGAGAGGAUCCAAAGGAGUUAACAUGAUAAUCUUUUUGCACUUCAGUAGAUCCACCAACAGAUUUCACACAAGCCAUUUUGUAUAUUAAGCAAGCAAAUGCAGCAUAAACUACCCCAUGAAGCAUUUAAUUCAUUCUCUCCCCCCCCCAUUAACGCCCAAAAGGUUGCUGUGCUUUUUAUUUUGGUUUAUUUAAAAUAUGAAGAAUGAAAUGAGAAGUUAAAGCAAUGGCUACAGUGAAUACAGUGGUACCUCGCAAGACGAAUGCCUCGCAAGACAAAAAACUCGCUAGACGAAAGGGUUUUUUGUUUCUUGAGCUGCUUCGCAAGACGAUUUUCCCUAUGGGCUUGCUUCGCAAGACGGAAACGUCUUGCAAGUUUAUUUCCUUUUUUUAACACCGUGAAUACAGUUGCGACUUGACUUCGAGGAGCAACUCAUAGAACAGCGGUGUGGUAGCCUUUUUUUGAGGUUUUUAAAGACUUUGGUGAUUUUUGAAGCUUUUCCAAAACUUUCCCGACACCGUGCUUCGCAAGACGAAAAGAAUCGCAAGACGACAAAACUCGCGGAACGAAUUAAUUUCGUCUUGCGAGGCACCACUGUAAUGUAAGCAAUGACAGUAGUUGAACAGACAGCAGGUGAGGGCAGAGUAUGAAACAGAAAUUAGGAGCUGCUGCCUGUUCCCUCGUGACCUUCCUCUUGUAGAUGCUGCUUCUUUGAGCCACAGUGGGGAGGGGCUUGUGGACCAGUCAGAUGGGUGGACUAGUCAGCUUCAUCCUUCAGUAAUAAUAAUACCGUAUUUUUCGCUCCAUAAGACACACUUUUCCCCUCCGAAGAAGUAAGGGGAAAUGUGUGUACGUCUUAUGGAGCGAAUGCAGGCGGGAGGCAGGUGGGAAAAGCCCCCAAAAGCCGCACACACGCUCCGCGCGGCUCUUGCGGGCUUUUCCCCGAGGAGGGAGAAGGGCAGCCCAUCACUGAUGGGCUGUCUUUCCCCCAUCUCGUAGAAAAGCCCGCAGGAACUGUGCACCCUUUAAAGAGAGCACGUGGCUCUUGCUGGCUUUUGCGGGAGGUGGGGGACCUCGUAGAAAAGCCCCCAAGAGCCGCACACACACACACACACACUCCGCACACUCUUUAAAGGGAGCGCGGCUCUUGGGGGAGCCUUAGCCACACGCAGCCUCUCCCGGGCAGGGGAUGAAGGCUCCCCUUGCCCGGGAGAGACUGCGCGCGGCUUUCCCAUAAGCCAGGACAGCCAGUGGGAUUGCUGCUCUGCGAUCUCGCUGGCUUUCCUGGCUUCUGGGAGUCAGAAUAUUUUUUUUCUUGUUUUCCUCUUCCAAAAACUAGGUGCGUCUUAUGGUCUGGUGCAUCUUAUAGAGUGGAAAAUACUGUGAUUAAAAAAACCUUUUAUUUGUAUCCCGCCCUCCCCGGCCGAGACUGGGCUCAGGGCGGCUAACAUCAAAUAUAUAACAUUGGUAUAAAAUCAAACAAUAAUUAAAUUACCUCCUAAAAACAAGUCAGGAUCAAAUUAAAAUCUAAUUAGAUGGCUUUCUGCAGGAUUAGGGUUGGAAACAGUAAAUGUUCAUCAGGCCCAACUUUUUACUCUGUUCUUAUAUGGGCCUGUGAGAAUACUGGUUCAUACUAGUUCUUAUACAAAAAGAGAAGGGGAGUCAGGCUGAGCCCUGGCCAAAGACCUGGCGGAACAACUCCGUCAUGCAGGCCCUGCAGAAAGAUGUCAAAUCCCGCAGGGCCCUGAUCUCUUGUGACAGGACGUGACUGUUUGAAGGUGUCUGAUGUGUCUGGAACGUUUUCAGGGCCCAAGCAAUCAAUUCUUCCCUUCCAUGUCUCAUUGAGCAAUAAGGCAGACUACCCAGGUUUGUUGAUAAUUCUUAGCCAUUGGAAGAUAGCGUAAAUGCAAGCUUCAGACUGGGAUGAGUCAUAGACUGGCUCUAUUCCUUGGAGGGGGAAAUGGCUAUAGAGGUUUUUGUAAACCUCUCCACCUCCAUCGUUCUGCCCGGACACUGAGGUCCAGUGCCAAGGGCCUUCUGGCGGUUCCCUUGCUGUGAGAAGCCAAGUUACAGGGAACCAGGCAGAGGGCCUUCUCAGUGGUGGCGUCCGCCCUGUGGAACGCCCUCCCACCAGAUGUCAAAGAGAAAAAUAACUACCAAACUUUUAGAAGACAUCUGAAGGCAGCCCUUUUUAGGGAAGCUUUUAAUGUUUAAUAGGUUAUUCUUUUUUGGUGUUUUGUUGGAAGCCGCCCAGAGUGGCCGGGGAAACACAGCCAGAUGGGCGGGGUAUAAAUUAUUAUUAUUAUUAUUAUUAUUAUUUGUAAAGCAGGGCAACACUGCACCCUUCAGACAAUGCUGGAGAAGGUCCCUGUUUCAGUCCCUAGCGGCAUCACCAAGGUAGGGCUGGGAAGGUCCCCUUCCUGAAAACCCGGAGAGGUGCUUCCAGUCAAUGCAGACAGUACUGAGCUGGGGAGACCAAUGGCCUGCCUCUCUAUAAGGCAGCUUCCCAUGUAUCUGUCGGCCAUCCUGGCCAGAGCUGGUAGGACUCGGGAGUCGGGCAACAUCUUCAGGUUCCUCACCCGCUUCUAAAGCUCCACAUAAGAACCUAAGCAGGGCUUGCUGGAUCAGGCCAGUAGCCCGUCCUGUCAAGCGCCCUGUUCUCACAGUGGCCGUUCAGAUGCCCCAAUGAGAAACCCCCAAGCAGGAUUCGAGCACAAGAGCAACUCUCCCCUCCUGUGGUAUUCAGAAGCGUUGCAGAUCUGACUGCAGAGGCCGAGCCGAGCCAUCGAGAGCCCUCUCUUCCUCCGUGAUGUGUGAGCAAGUUCCAUGGUUUUGCUGUGCGCAGUGUGAAGAAGGCCUAGUCUCAUUCCUCUCGCAUUGCUGGCCUUGGGAUCGCUAGAGGGAGCACUUGGCUCAGAGGGAAUUGGCGCUGUUUUAGCAGCUGUUUCCUCCAGCCUUUCAAUUUCCUCUUCAGGCCAUUGCAUACUUCUGCAGAGAUGUGAGCGUGAUAAGCCAUAAAAAUUCCUUCCCCCGCUAUCAAGUAUGCAUGCUUUAAGAUGCUGAUGGCCAGGUGGCGGCCAGCCUCUUGCAGCGGUACGUAGGGCAACAUUUCUUUUGGAUUGAAUCAUCUGUGCUGUAUUGUGUGCAGGUUCCAUGUGGACAAGCUCUCCUCUGCCCAUGUCUACCUCCGGCUGCACAAGGUAAACAGCCUUGCUCUGCUUCUUGCCCUCUGUGGUGGUUCUUACUCAGCCAAGUGGUGGGGAGGGAGGGCCACUUGUCCACUUUGGGGGCUGCAGCUAUCACCCCCUCCUCUCACGGCCUGUUAGCCUCCCCCAAGGUAAUGCACCAGCUGCUGAAAACUAUCAUGUUUAAAAGAGGUCCUCUGAUAUAUGCUUGCAACACUCUGCAGGUUUUGUCAGAGUUGAUCAAGGCCAUUUAUUAUAAAGCCUAUAAAAUAUUCUGCAUAAAAGGAAGAGCCCCUGUGACUGGCUUUCUGGAGCUUUCCUCCAGGCCUUUGGUCAGGGCACAGCCUGACUCCCUCCUUUGGCAAUCUUCACAGAACUUUGGCCUAAUGGUUGCCAUCAUUUUGAGUUGCAAAGUGCUGCAAAACUAUUUGGGUUGUAUCCAAUUAAGUUCUACUGAGAGCAGACCCGUUGGAAUCUCUGGAUUUUGAUGGGUCUACUCUGACUAAUUUGGUGGUUAUCUUUGCGGUAAGAGACUAAUGCAAUGGCCCUGCGCUUCCAGUUUGGUCGCAGGCACCCUUCGCUCUGCCUGCAGAAUCCACUUCCUUCCCAGCAUGCCUUUUGCCAGUUCCUCCGCACGAGCUGCUCACUUCCUACCUUGCUUCCUUUCAGGGGCAGACGAUGGAGGACAUCCCAAAGGAGGUUUUGAUAGAUUGCGCCCACCUGGUGAAAGCCAACAGCAUUCAAGGUAAGGCGUUGAUGUUCUGCAGCAUGUUCUGGCCUGGAGAAACCAGCAAGGAUUCGGAGAGGAAUGAUGGGUGGAGAAUAAGGCCUUUGGGGGCCAGUUGACGCUGCUCUGAUGGUGUGGCUUCUCCCAUCCGUCACCUCGCAAGGGGCAGGCAUCGCAGGAGCUGCUUAAGACGUCCUCCCUUCCCUCCUUUGCCAGCCCAGUCAAAAACCAUCUCUCUGAUGCAACAUUUCUGUAGAGGUGCCCAGUGUCUUGGGGAACAGCUGCUGACAUUGCAUUGUUGCCAACCUAAAGGACUCUUAUUCUUUAUUCGUUUAUAUUUAUUACAUUUCUGUCCCACCAUUUUCCUCCUAGGAGCUCAGGGUGGUGCGCAUGGCUCUCCCACUUUCCUCAAUUUAAUCCCCACAACAACCUUGUAAAGUAGGUUAGGCUGAUGAGAGGCACGGACUGGCCCCCAAGGUCACCCAGCGAGCCUCAUGGCCACGUGGGGAUUCGAACCCUGAUCUCUCCCAGGACCUAGUCCAACGCUAACCACCAUACACCAUGCUGGCUUACCGAAUCUUGCGAAGAGUUCUUAGGAAAUGGGGUUGAAAGGGGGUGUGGGGGAGAGAAGAAUCAGCUUGGUGAACAAAACGGCCCCCUUUGUUCUUCUAGGCUGCAAAACGAAUAAUGUCAGCAUUGUGUACACUUCCUGGGCCAACUUAAAGAAGACGGCAGAAAUGGACGUGGGGCAGAUCGGGUUUCACAACCAGAAGGACGUAAGUGUCUUGCCCCCGCUCCCAUCUUCUCAGAUACCCACCUCCUGGAUCCAGAGCACUGGCCCACCAGGGAAACAGCGGGAGGUUUGCCGCAUGGGUAAAGUGAGGAAGGAGUGGGUGGGAGUUCCUGCUGUCGUUCUUCAGGCAUCGCAGCACCCUUUGGCUCCUCUCCCACCGAGGUUACAGUCUGUGCGGUGCAUGGAUUGCUGGUGGGUGGUUUGCAGGGGGGAACUGCGUUUGCUCUGCCAAGCUGUGUGUUAUGCAGCAACCAUUUAUUAUUUCAUGUGAGAAGCCACAAAGAUUAAGUAAGGUUUGAAGCGGACAGAGGCUGUAUGCCACUCUCCUCUCUCUCUCUCUCUCUCUCUCUCUCUCUCUCUCUCUGUGUGUGUGUGUGUGUGUUGUGUGCGCCUGCCUCUAUCCACAGUUAAUUUUUUUCCCAAGUUAACAAUGAAGAUUGUAAUUUAUUGCAAACACAACUGAACUUUAUUAAGAAUUUCAACAUAACAAAUUACCAAAAACAUAACCCCAGAGUCGGUCACGACUAGACCUAAUGGUCAGGGAUCCCUUUACCUUUACAGAGAUGCACAUAGGUGAGGUCAAGAUCCAUGUUUGCUGGGCAGGCUGGUGAAGCCCCACCUGCAUCACCUUUAGUUGGGAGGGGCUGAGUCCCCACUGCUUACCACCACCUGUUCAUUUUCAGAGGGGGGUGUGCAGGGCUCUUGGAGAUGACGACAGGGAUUGAGCUGGGUGCUUUGCAUGCUUUUUGUCAUCACCCUGGAAUGUGCUUGUGUGUUGGGCCUGAAGAUGCCUCAAGACCCUUUUGGUUCAACCCCCUCCCAAAAAAAGAGGUUGGGAAAAUAUGAAGAGCCUGGUGGCCCACCUAGCCCAGCAUCCUGUUCUCAGACGCCCCCAUUGGGAAGUCUGCAAGCAGGAUUCAAGCACAAGAGCAACUCUUCCCUGCUGAGAUUUCCAGCAGCCUCGAACUGUGAAGCCAAAGCAUGGCCAUCAUGGCUAGCAACCGUUGAUAGCCCUCUCCUCCAUGAAUUUGUCUACUCCUCCUUCAAAGCCCGUUGGGAGGAGACUCUGUCCAGAGUUCCCAGGCUGGGUCAAAUGGGCCUUGACUUGUUUACAAGGCACCUUGCAAAGUUCAUGCUUCUCCCAUGUUCAGCAUUUUCCUUGCAAACCCGGAACCUAAAAGCACAUCACUUCCCUCCCCACUUUUUGUGUGUGAAAAGUUCAGCCUGGAAUUCAAAGGAAAGCCAUCAGCCAGAGGCGAACCUGUAAAACACAGUCAGUGGCCUAUAAUGGGGAAUGAGAAACCCCGUUUUGUUCUCCUUCAAGGUCCUGAGCUACUCCAGCCAGCUGAGCAUUUCAGGGGUGCAUUUUUUGACUUCAACACUUACAUGGGCCUGUGACUUGUUGAUGCGUUUCAUCCCUCUCCUCUCCAGUGUGUGAGGCUUCCCCACAGGGUCGCUUGGGCUUGAAGCCCUGGCGAUGUGGCCAGGAUUGAGGGAUAGCAAGGGGAGGUGGGAGUGGUGAUGGCCUCCAAGAGGGGAUGGAUGCGGUGAGCCAGCCAGCCUGGCCUCCUGGGGGUGUGCUUUGGCCAUUGCGCAGACUUCCUGUGUUACUCUGGGCGAGUGAUGUAAUCUCUUGAGCCUGGAAAAAAGAAACCUUUCCAAUGACAUCAGAAGGAUCGAAUCAGAUACUGGAGGCCCUGUGGCAUGGGAUUAAUUUUUUUAAAAAAUGUAUUUUUAACCAAAUGAAGGCAGGAAGUUGCUGACUUAAUGUUUUGAACUAGCGACAUGAUGGAAGGGCAGAGUAGUGUCUGACAGCUGUUCAAAACAACCUCAGUUCUGAAUAAUUUGAAGUGGAAGGGUGACAAUGGCAACCUUCCACUUGGUCCUGGCAGGAGCCACAGCAAUAUCUGGCCUCAUUCCCUCCUUACAGAUGCUCAGGAGAGCAGGGCCCUGGGCUUUUCCUCCUGUGUUGACUUCGUGGGGUGGGAAAGAUGAGGUUUAUCAGGGAUGCUGUGCCUUCCAGUUUGACUGUAACUCAGUUGCCGUUCGUGCUGUCCACGGUGCCCCCAACUGUGAUGGUUUCUUCCUUGCCUGCCUUCCUUGUGCCAGCCUUUCCCAGAAACAUGGAAUUGUAAGAGUUGGAAGGGACCCAAAGGGUCAUCAGGUCCAACCCACUGCAGUGCAGGAAUCGCAGCUUUGGCCUCCAGCGAUUUUGAGAAGGUGGGUGCAGGUCUUGCGAAUGCUGAUCACCGUUCUUUUCUCUCCCCAGGUGAAGAUUGUCACGGUGGAGAAGAGGGUGAACGAGAUCCUGAACCGGCUGGAGAAGACCAAAGUGGAGCGGUUCCCGGACCUGGCUGCCGAGAAGGAAUCCCGCGACCGGGAGGAGAGAAACGAGAAGAAAGCCCAGAUCCAGGAGAUGAAGCGGAAAGAGAAGGAGGAGGUGAAGAAGAAGAAAGAGAUGGAAGAGCUCAGGUGAGCCAGGCAAUGACCCCCUUUUGGGAAGUCGAGUUGGGCCCGUCCCAGUUGAAUGGGGGUGGGGUGGGAGGGUGUAGGAAAAAAGCAGAAAACCAAGGCAGCUGGCCUGCUUUCCUGAGCAACACAGCCCAGGGCUAGGCACAGAUUUGUCUUCCCUUUCUAGAUGAAUUCACACAUAACUUUUAAAUAACCGUGAUAUUAUGCCAUGAUUUAGGACCUGACUCUACGGGCCAGCAAUGUGUUGCACCGAGAGGCUCUCCGAGCAGCGAGAGCGAUGCCUCUUGGCCUUGCUGCAGACGUAGGCAAGCAGCUUCCUGGCAGGGGUUUCCGGGGGGGGCACAACCCCACCCCCACCCCUGUGACAGUGGUUGGUUCCUUGGCCAGUGUGCUUCUUGCCACCCCUUCCUUGUGGGUGCUGGCCAGUGGCAUAAGCAUGCGAGUGCCCCACUAGGGUGCGUUCAAGCAGGCCGGUUUUCGGCCAUGAACCCUGCCUCCUUGCUAGGCUUUGGUUGCAGUUCACUGCCUCCUGGGCUCCUCUUCCGUGGAUUUGUCGGGAAACUGGUGUUUUGGCUGCCUGGGUUUGACUUUGGCCAAGGUUCAGAGAUGACCAAGGGUGUGUGGUUCUCUAUGUGCAAAGCUCUGAUUCCGGCUUCGGCUGGGGAGGGUGGGAUAUAAAUAAAAAAUUAUUAUUAUUAUUAUUAUUACUAUUAUUAUUAUUAUGAAAAAGUUGGUUGCAGUAGCCCUUUGAGCCUCAUGGGGUGCUGAUCUGGGGGGCCCUGGACCUUUGCAGAUGGGGGGCUGACCGUCAGUUGUGGGAAAUGAAACUCUUUUGGAGUCCAGCUUUUCCGAUCUUGCAAGCUCUUGAAGGAACUAUUAGAGCAACAGUGGGGAUGCUGCAGUCUGUGGGCCAAGUUAGGCCCAGGAGGGAUAAUAAUUUGGCCCUGUUUCCCCCCAAACCGUGCCCACAACAUAGGUGCUGUCACAUGUGGGGCAAGAAAAAACGUGUCUGCAAAGGAGAAAUCGGGAGCCUUGAAAACGUGGUUGUUCCUCGGCAAGUCAUCCUUGCUGUAAGCGCCAGUCCAUUGACUGAUGUUUAAAGUGAGCCCCUCGGGCGUCACCUGCUUUCGUAUGGGAUCCUUGUUUGUGGGCUGCGUAGCUUGAGAGGAAGAAGGGAUAGAUUUGUGAGUGCCCCUCUGCUUCUUUCCUUUUGAAAUUGGGUUACCUGAUUUCAGGUGAUAGGCAGGUGGCUCAUAAGAACAUCAGGAGAGCCAGCGGCUCAUCUGGCCCAGCAUCCUGUUCUCCCAGCGGCUGACCAGAUUCCCCCAAGCAGGACCCAAGCGCAAGAGCCUUUCCAGCUCCUGUGGCUGCCGGCAACUGGCACUCAGGAACAUCGCUGCCUCCAAGCACUUUGGAAGCGGAGCAGAGCCAUCCUGGCUAGUCACAGUGCUGCCAGCCAGAUUCUGUUCCCCACCCCUGCAUUAGAGGGCCGUACAUUUUUGCCAGCCAGGUUAUCUCUGGCUGAGCAAUGUCUGAAUGCACUGUUGCCUUUCCUUUUGCAGGAGUUACUCUUCCUUAAUGAAAGCGGAGAACAUGUCCUCCAACCAGGUAUGUCCAGGGUGCUUCUCGCGAGGAGCCUGUUGCCCUAGUGAGCAGCAGGAGGCAGAAGAGGCUUCCCAGCCAGAAAGUGAACUCCAAACUCAUUUGCCUGUAAGGGUUAGAGUUAUGUGACUAGAAUGAGGAGGCAGUAAAGACUUAAUUCUGCGAAGCUGCCUGUCCCCAGCUGCUUCACAUUGUUUACCUGUGGAACUCCCUCCCACAGGAGGCAGUGAUGGCCACCAAUUUGGAUGACUCCGAAAGCGGAUUAGACAAGUUCAUGCAGGAGGGGGGAAGGCUUUCGAUGGCAUUCGUCUUUCAGUGAUGAUCAGGUAGAUGUGGACCCAGUGAGGGAGAAUUAGUUCUGGGAUCCAGCCUGAGAGUUGCCCAAUCCCUGCAAAGCUCGCCCGCCCACCCUUAAAAGAUCCUCUAGAAAGCCCUUUUUCUGUCCUCCCCUCCCGCAGGACGGCAACGACUCAGAUGACUUCAUGUAAACCAAGGCACCCUCCUCUUGGACGAUGAAGAUGGACCUGAGCUCUUCGCUGUCGGUGCCAAAAAUAAGCAAGCGAACUGUCUCUGUGCCCGUUUCAUCAUUCUGGCCGGCGUCCGGGAGGAGGUGGGCGGCUCCCCUUCCUGGACAGACGCCCUGUGGCUGCCACCUUCCAGUUCCAGAGCCGCGAGGAGGCGUGCACCUUUCCAGGGGAACUUGGGGAGGUGCUGGCGGCUGUGGCUUUUCCUGCCCGAAGCCUCCUGGGGAGCAGACCGUGACCUUAGAAUCGGAGUCUGUGACCUGAGUCUUCAUUUCACAGUGUUUGGGUUUAGGGUAUUUUUUCCUUAAGUGAUGGGUUUGUGGUCCCCCUCCUCCCUUUGGUCGAGUGCACCUGUGUCAAGAGUCUGGUUCUCUCUUUAAACUCUGUAGGAAUCUGCUCAGCACAGCUGCAUCGCCCGUGCUGUAAAAUGCUUGCCUGGAUCUCGAGAGCAUCACUCAUUUGAGCAGUCAUCUAACCAGGGGGAUGGGAUGGGACUUUCAUUCUGGGGCCCCACAAAGCUCACUGCCCCUGUUCAAGUAAAACUGGACUUCCGUGUGAUCUCUGUGCAGCCCUCUGUGGUGCCCUGAGCGAGGCCGGCUGUGGGAUCAUCCCAGGGCUCUGGCAGCAGAAUUGGACCUCUCCACCCUCAGCUACCAGCACUUGCCUUGUGAGGGACUCCUUGCUUGCUUGCUUCUCUUCUGCCUAUUGCCCUAGUAGCAGCAGCUCAGGAAAAGCUCUCCUUUGACUGACCCCUCCAUAGCAAACUUCAACCGCUCCUUUUUCACUCUUUUUUAAAGGCUGACAAUGUGAUUCUCUCUCAGUAUGCUUUCUUUCUGCAGUUAGGGAAUCUGUUUGUCUCCCUGUGUCUCUCCCCCCCUCCCCCGUGUUUUGGCUUUUUCUCUCCUUCACAUCUCAUCACCAGCAUCUCGUUCACAAAGCUUGGGGGUUGCAGGGGGUGUCCUUCCGACUAGCAGUGCUCACAGCUGUUUGGUUCGCCUCAGUGGGGAAGGUUGCAAGAUGCAUUCCUUGAAAUUUCUCAAGCAGGGGCGUCACAGUUCCUCUCUGAAGUUUUCCAAAGCAGAGAAGCAGACUGGGGAGCCUCAGAUUGUGGGGGCUUAGUUCCCAGUUCCUCCAACAGCGUCAGGACUGCCCUCGUUCCCUCCAGAGGCUCGAAGUUCCUACCACAAGACCUGACUCCAAGCUCCCAGAAAACGCCUUUCACGUUGCCAUGGGGUCAGGACCAACCACGUGCUCCUGCUGCCCCAUCAGGGACCUUAAAUGAAGAAGCGCCAACCUCAGUCUAGGCCAGCCUUCCCCAACAUGAUGCCCUCUUGAUGUUUCGGAUUAUGGCUGUAGUCACGCAGCCACACUAGCUGGAAGUUAAAAGUUCCUAAAGUUUGGGGUGGGGGGCGUCAGGUUGGGGAGAGUCUGGCCUAGGGCUUCCCCUAAUACCUCCAUCGUGUCUACAGAUCAGUGCUCUGCCUGACCUCAAGAACGACUCUAGAGGAUGUUAAGUGUGUCUGUCUGAACCUUCACAUGUGUGCAGUCUGCAUGGGCGGCUCAGCAUUCCCUUCUGUGAGAAAUAGGAUCUUUGGCGCAGAGUUAACGCACAUUGCCUGAAUGUGUGCCUGUUGCUGCAACCCUGAUGCCUAAUAAAAAGAAACUUGCGCACCAAGAGCUAAUGGACGAGUGAUUGGUUUAUUGCAAGGAAAAGGCAGUGUGCAUGCUAAAAUCCGUUGUGUAAUUUAUAGUGCAACUAUAGGUGCAGGCGGCAGUUUUAAUACUGAUGCAUUCGUAUUCCUAGCUUAAAGGUAACAGAUCCCUGAGUUCCAAGAAACAGAAAGUGAGCAUAACAUUCAUAAGAACAGCCUGCUGGGUCAGGCCUAAGGGAGCCCAGCAUCCUGUUCUCACAGUGGCCAACCAGAUGCCUGUGGGAAACCCAAAAGCAGGAUCUGACCCCGAAAACCCCCUCCUGUCCUGUGUCUUCUAGCAACUGGUACCCAGAAGCCCCACACCCUCUGCCCGUGCUGGCAGAGCACGUCUGUUGUGGCUAAGAGCCAUCGAUAGCCCUCUUCUCCCUUAAUUUGUCCAAUCUCUUCGGUGGGGUAAAGUUUUCCAUUACAGUGGUACCUCGGGUUAAGAACUUAAUUCAUUCUGGAGGUCCGUUCUUAACCUGAAACUGUUCUUAACCCGAAGCACCACUUUAGCUAAUGGGGCCUCCCGCUGCCGCCGUGCAAUUUCUGUUCUCAUCCUGAAGCAAAGUUCUUAACCCGAGGUACUAUUUCUGGGUUAGCGGAAACGUCUGUAACGUGAAGCGUCUGUAACCCGAGGUACCACUGUAAUUCAUGUUAUUAUGUAUAUGAAACAGGGAGAACAAUUACAGCAACAGACGAACGUUAAAGGAUGAACAAACAAAACAAUAAAAUAACCCGGUUGCACAUGGGUUAAAGUCACAAAGCCCAAGUAAAAACUUUUGACUUUUAUCAGAUCACAAGAGUAUUGUUCCGGAUUUACCAGGCUGUUGUGCAAUGGUUGUCUAGAAAAUGAUGGUUUCGCUUUAUAUGUCAUAUAAAGGAAUUCCAGAUCACAUAAAUUCGAGUGUGGACAUUCUCAAAUUAUGC